UUCUGUGACGCAACCACACCGGAAGUAAGUGUACAAAACAAAGUUUUUGCGCCGCUUAUGAUCUCCGGUCAUUUACAUUCCGCGCGACACGCUCCUCAGGGUAACCAUGCCUACUGAAAAGUGCUUCGCUAAAGGAAGCUCUGCACCUGGUCCUGUUCCUAAAGACCGUCUGCGUCUCUACAGCAUGAGAUUCUGCCCUUUUGCACAAAGGACCAGAUUAGUGCUGAACUCCAAAGGGAUCAAAUAUGACACCAUCAACAUCCACUUGAAAGAGAAACCGGACUGGUUUCUUGAAAAGAACCCUCUUGGUCUUGUGCCUGCUCUGGAGACACCUGCUGGUGAAAUCAUAUACGAGUCGCCCAUCACCUGCGAGUACCUGGAUGAAGCCUACCCUGAGAAGAAGCUUCUCCCGUCCUCCCCUUUUGGAAAGGCCCAGCAAAGAAUGAUGCUGGAGCAUUUUUCCAAGACAAUACCUUACUUCUACAAGAUCCCGGCAGCAAGAAGGAAUGGAGAAGAUGUCUCUGGGCAAGAAGCCGAGCUGAAAGAGAAGUUUGCUAAAUUGAACGAGCACCUGGAGAAGAAAAAGACAAAGUUCUUUGAAGGCGACACCGUCACAAUGAUCGACUACAUGAUGUGGCCGUUUUUCGAGCGGAUUGAGGUCUUGGAGCUGAAGCACUGCCUGGACCACACACCUGAGCUGAAGAAGUGGACUGAGCUCAUGCUGGAGGACCCAGCUGUUAAAAACACCAUGUUCAGCAGGGAGACCUACAAAGCCUUCUAUCAGAGCGUUGCUGAGGGGAAACCCGACUACGACCUGGAGCUGUGAAACACACAGCUGGUCACCCGUCCCUCUCUAUUCAGGCCGCAAACGCCGUCCAUUAAAUGCUCUCAGUACUCUAUAUGUUUGAGGUAUUUUGUUCUAGGAGGAAAUUAUAAUUGUCACAAAGUAAAUUAAUUUGUAUUCCUACGACCAAAUAAGGGUUCUGAUCACCCAAGUCCAAAUUAUGCACUUUUGUUUGAAAUAAA